UGGCAUGGUCGAUUUAAUCCAGCGAUUAGAGACAGUGUACAGUGAUAAGAAGAGGCACUACUGUGCGAUGGAACAUACACGGAAUGAGCUCCUCUCAAUUUUGUUGGUCCUUUGAACCGACCAGAAACAAUCGAGAGGAGGCUCCAUGUAUAUGAGUCCACUCUAUAAAUGACAUCGGCAAUAGACCUGGCAUAUUUGACUAUGACCAGCCACUGCCGAGAUACUGAUGACACCACUGAAGACACCACUGAAGACACCACUGAAGACACCACUGAGAUCUACUACAAGACACCACUGAGAUCUACUACAAGACUACCAGGUACACCACAGACAAGACCCAACACACCACUUACCAUACCACCACAAACUGCCCCACCAGUUCCCAUGUCCGUUCCACCGUCCACAAAAACACCACACAACUCCAGCUCCAGAAACCAGCUCAGUGAGAACAUCCAUAUACACUGAGUGCGCGCAGCCAUUGAUUAGUGCGCGUAUUGCAAGUAGGGCCUCGCAGGAAAAAAAAAACCGUGCGCGCAGCCAAUAGAAUC